AGCCUCGCUGCGCCUGGGAAGAACGCGGGAUCGGCUCUGCCUCCAGCCACAGGACCAUGACGAAGCUGCUUCAGUGGCUCGCGUCUCUGGCCCUCCUCGGUGGCAUCUGGGCGGCUCUGAUGCUGGAUCUCGUGGGGCCCCACCCCUUAUCCCCAAGCUGGUACCAGGUGCUGUGGGCCCUGCCGACGUAUCUGCUGGUGACAUUGGGCUGUUUCUCGCUGGGAGUUGUCGGCUACCGCUUGGCCACCUUCAACGACUGCCAGGAAGCGUCGCUCGAGCUGCAGGCGCAAAUCCGAGAGGCCCGGGCCGACCUUGCCCGGCGCGGUGUGACAUUUUGAUCCAGGGCCCUCGCGGGAACAGAAAUGAGAUGCGGACAGUAAACAAUUGAUGGCGUAUCAGUGUAUUCUUUGGAGUGGGGCCCGACUGGAGAAUCCAUCCCAAGGGAAAAGAAAAGAGCUGCUGCUGCUUUUUUUAAUAAAUAGUUUUUAUUA